CCGAAGGUGUGAGGCAAGCGACAAAAAUUUUCAGUGAAUAAUCUACACCUCCCUCUUGCUGCGUUCUCUCUAGCCGCCAGUUGGAUGUGGCCGCGGGUGCAAGUAAAGGUCUAUGGGGCUACCAUUGACUGGGAUUUGGAGCCCCCUGAACUCAUAGAGGGGGACCUGGUCGAGCUCACGGUCCCCGGGUGCAACAUUCGACACGUUGACGGCCAGUUUGCAUGGAGGUCCAUAAUCUUGUCUGAGGACGCGUGGCUUUGGACGUACAGAGAGCACCGGCCGGGGCAAGGAGUGGGCGUAGUGAGAGCCUACUUGUAUUUGGGACCAGGCGCGGUCAGGGAGGCCGUGGUGGGCCUCGCGACGACAGGGACUAGUGGCACAGUUAGCAGGGUGUUACGCUACCUAGGGGAAGAGGUAGCUGCCUUCCGAGCGGAGGACUCGAGCGACCCGUUGACCCUAUUUCAUGGACGCCCUCCUCUUGAUAUCACGGGCGAGCUGGUGGUAGCACGGGACGGGUUUUUCCCGUACAGCGUUAGGAGCGUGCGGGCGAUAGUUCCGACGUUCGUAGUAGAGAGCGUCUUUGGAGGUAUUGGUGGAGUGGUCGAGACAUAUCUGGCCUAUCAGGAUCUCAAGGUCCUGGCGAGAAGGCCUGCCGACCUAGACUACAUCUAUUAUUCGCUCGCAACCGGUGGGCCUCGUUGGGGAGACGAGAGGGUUCAGCUUAUAGAGCUGAUCCGCUCGAUAGACGACGAGUGGCCCCAGUCUCCAUGCGUUUGGGAUUGGCUAGACCGCGAGCUCCGAGCAGGCCCCGAGUACGUGACCUACAUCGGGCGGCUCUUCUCAGACGACUGGGAGAGCUGGUGGGGUGAGGACGCCGGGCGACCUCUGAUAUACGGCCAUCAGUUGGCGCAAUACUACCAGGGUAUAGGACAGGCGCCAUACCGCGUCGAGGACGAGUUUGACGACGAGGGUUGGGAGCGAGAGGACGACGAGGAUGCCUGGGAGCCAGACUGGGUCGACCCAGAGAGUGAGAUUGACGAGGAGGAGAUUGACACCGAGACCGCAGAGAUCGCGAGCCGUUUGCGCGAGCAAGGAGGCUGGAUGAUUAACCGCGGAGCCCUCGCUAUUAGGCCGAUCGAGGUAGAGGCGACUCCCGCGGCCGAUGGGAGACAGAUCAGGGCCGACAAGAUGGAUAUAGGGACGACAGAUACGAGAGAUCGGACCGAGACGGGUAUAGGGACGAUAGAUACGAGAGGUCGGGUCGAGAUGGCUACAGAGGUGGUAGGUAUGAAAGAGGAGAUCGGGACUGGGCGCGAGGGAGAACAGCGCGAUGAGUCGCGGGGGUGGUACAACCGAGGGGACCGACGCGAUGAGACACGAGGGCGAUAUGACUCAGGGGACCGCCGGGAUAAUUCGCGAAGGCAGUAUGAGCAAGGAGGUUCUGGAAGAGACAGCCGCAACGAUUCGCGCGAUCGGAAUGAGAGAGAGGGAUAUGGCGUCUCAUCAGAACCAUAUCCCAAGUCGCCUGACCCCAAGGCAGCCAGGGGUUCGAUCUCGAGGAGCGCAGACGACAGACCAUCUACUCCCAGGAACUCAUGCGUUUACUGUAGAGGAGAAGAUCAUAUCAAGAGGGAUUGCCUUGACCUCAAACGGGCAAUAGAUGAGGGACUUGUCGUGCUUGACGACCGCAAGUACGUCAAGUGGGCAGAUGGUCUGGGAGAUGUAUCGAUGUUCCCUUCGAUGAAGGAGAAUGUCGAAGCGAGGAGAGUAAAGCCGAGUAAAGAAAAGGAGUCGGUCAGGAGCCAGAGCAUCAAGAAAACCUUUAAGGGGGAUAUAGCGACUACACCCAUAAGGGUGGCAGCCACCAAGUCGGCGAGAGGGUCUACAUCGAAGAAGACUGGCAUGGAUUACAUGAUGACGGAGAAGGACGGGCAGCGGGUCGAUGGAGAGGAGGUUAUCCUUUCGCCGCGAAGGAGGGGAGUGAAGAAGUUCUUAAUGAAGAGUUCGCUGGACGAGAUUGACAUGGUCGAGCCACUGAGGCGGGCCCUUCGGCAACCCAUGCAGUGCUCUAUUCUGGAGUACCUGGCGGCAUCGAAGCCGGCUCGUGAUGAGUUACAGAUGAUCACGCGGAAGACUCGCAUACCUCUAUCGGAGGAGGGUCAGGGGGCCCCUAAGGCGAAAGCUCCUACAGUAGCAGUAACGGGGGAGACUGCCAGAGCAGAUCGGAUGGCGACAGUCCUUCUCGAUGGAAUGGAAGGUGUGCCUCCAGACAAGUUUUAUAUACUUGGUAGCGGGGCCGUGGAGACGAUUAUAAACGAUGGAGCGAUACUCGAUGCUGUGAUCGAUAACGACAGUGAGGCUGUCAUCAUAGACGAGGACCUGGCAGUACAGGUUGGACUGGGCCUUGAUAGGUCAUACCUAUUCGAGAUAGAGACGGUUGAUGGGAGAAAGCAACAGAUCACUGGGGUUUGUCACAAGGCAGCCAUAGAGGUCCAAGGGGUACGAGUGACCCUGCCUGUCUUUGCAGUCAAGAACUGCAGCUCCGAUCUGCUCUUGGGACGAACGUGGCUGAGCCACGUGCAUGCGGUGACGAUAGAGCGACCUGAUGGGAGCCAAACAUUAUCCAUUGGGAAGCCAGACGGGACGCGGGUAAUGAUUGAGACAGUGGAGCCUCGGGACCCGAGGAACAGAGCGACUCUCGCUGUGGGUGCGAGACCCAGUGAACAGAUUAAGUCGUUACCUAUCUCCGGCCGCGCGGUGCGAUUUCGCGAGAAGCAAUAUGGACCACUGCUCACAGAGGAAGAAGGUCGGAUCGUGGAGGUGGAAGAUUUAGGGAGUCGGCUAAUAGCGGACGGCAACUCGUACCCAAAGGAAAAAGAUGAGGAAUUUGGCGGUGUAGUAUCCGUGUCUUUUUUAAGGGCACGGCCCCCUAUGGGGGACUACCCAAGCGACACAAUCGAGUAGCUCAAAAAGUUAAGCCAACGGCUGUGGGCCGCGA